CUGUUGGAGGAGGAGGAGCUGCUGAGAGAGGUGAGCCAUCUUCCCCCGGCGGACUGAUGCAUCCUCACACAGCCAGCCUGGACGACAGGGACAUACGGACAAUCAUCUGGGGGAUCCCAGUGUCAUUUGGAGGCUAGAGGCGGAUAUAACACACCAGGACAACCAGGACAGCCGGUGUCAGUCUGGAAGGAAGACAUGUGAAGGACUCACCAGAGCUGACUGAAGGACUAUAACGUUACCGGUCGUUACCGCUGAGAGGCUGAGAGGCUGAGAGGCUGAGAGGCUGAGAGGAGGCUCUCAUACUCAUACAAAGAGAGCAAAACACUGAGCUAGCAGCAGGGAUUAACAUCCAGACGUGAUCCGUGUGUAACCUAGGGACAUGUCCAGAAGAUAUGCAACAUAAAGCAGUAUGUAGUCCGAACAAUAGGAAAGCUCUUCAUAGCAUCAGCAGUGCAUGUAAACAAACUAGCUACUGAAGCUAGCUGAAGUUAGCCGACUGGUGGCUAGCUCUCUCAUGCUAACACAUAGCUUUAGCUAACAGCAGGUAGUUGUACCGGAGCUAACCCGACCUGAACUAACCCGUCGUCUGGUUCAAAACACUCAGUUCAACCUCAUUAUUGUAGUCCAGUCUGCAGCGGCUGACAGCUGGUUGUGUGAUCUCAGUUUAUUAGCAUAGCUUCAUAAGUAGCCUCUGAGCUAACGUGUCGCUAGCUGGUGUUUGCGUUAGCAGCAGAAUAACAUGAAACUAGAGCACUAGAUGAGGGACAAAAGAGACAUUUGGCUCUACUGACGCUACGUGUGUUGGUGACAUCGACCCGGUUAGAUUAGUUUGCUGUGAAAUAGACUGAACACUUGAACGGCUAGAGGUGCAGUUGAUUGGCCGAAGAGAGGAGGACGAAAACAACUUCAUGACCUCUUAGAGAUCUAAUCUCACCGCUACUCCCAGCCCGGUGCCGGCAUACCGUUAACCGGUGGACAGACUCUUCCGUGUGUUUGACAGUAAGAAGACUUAGCCGGUGAGUUUGUCUGGUUUGUCCUCUGAUCAGUAGUUGAGUCAGAUAGCCGACAGGACUUCUGUUCAGAGCUGUAACAACUCCUCCAGCAGCAUGGAGAGCAUCUUUACAUCCAUCCGUUAGUUAGGUUUGACUCUCUCUAUAAACCCACCUCUAAAACACAGAAGAAGUUACACACAUCUACUCUUUAGUAUCAGUUUAGCUGUGUGUGUGAUCUGUUACAGUUUGAAGGAGCCCACCGUGUUGUCAGAGUGUAUUAUGGAGCUGUGUGAGAGGGCCCAGCGGUAGUUAAGCCUCUCAGCUGUGUUUUGGUUGCUAGUCUCCCCUCCCCCAGUCAGCCAGUCUUCAGACUCUUGAUUCUGUUGUUGGACACUGUCCGCCGGGUUUCCCCUUCAUUUUCUUUUUCUGAUUGAAGAAAAGGCCUCAAGUGGCCUCACGUCUCAGUCCCCUGGACUCCGGAGAGUUCAUAAGAAGUGGAUGUGAUGGAACUGAUGUUCGCCGAGUGGGAGGAUGGGGAGAGGUUCUCCUUCGAAGACUCGGACCGGUUCGAGGAAGACUCUCUGUGCUCCUUCAUCUCAGAGGCCGAGAGCCUCUGUCAGAACUGGAGGGGAUGGAGGAAGCAGUCCGCAGGACCCAACUCACCCACUGUCAAGAUUAAAGAUGGUCAGGUGAUUCCACUGGUGGAGUUGUCAGCGAAGCAGGUAGCGUUCCACAUCCCGUUCGAGGUGGUGGAAAAGGUCUACCCCCCUGUCCCAGAACAGCUCCAGCUGCGCAUUGCCUACUGGAGCUUCCCCGAGAAUGAAGAAGACAUCAGGUUAUAUUCCUGCCUGGCUAACGGGAGUCCAGAUGAAUUCCAGCGUGGCGAGCAGCUCUACAGGAUCAGAGCUGUCAAAGACCCCCUGCAGAUCGGCUUCCAUCUCAGUGCUACAGUGGUGUCCAGCCAGUCCGGUCAGUCUAAAGGGGCGUACAAUGUGGCGGUCAUGUUCGACCGCUGCCGCAUCACUUCCUGUAGCUGCACCUGCGGUGCCGGGGCCAAAUGGUGCGCCCACGUGGUGGCCCUCUGCCUCUUCAGGAUCCACAAUGCAUCAGCAGUGUGUCUGAGGGCUCCAGUCUCUGAGUCUUUGUCCAGGCUGCAGAGGGACCAGCUCCAGAAGUUUGCCCAGUACCUCAUCAGUGAGCUGCCUCAGCAGAUCCUACCCACAGCUCAGCGGCUGCUGGAUGAGCUGCUGUCCUCUCAGUCUACUGCCAUCAACACCGUGUGUGGAGCUCCAGACCCGACAGCAGGCCCAUCAGCAUCUGACCAGAGCACCUGGUAUUUGGACGAGUCGACGCUCAGCGACAACAUCAAAAAGACUCUGCACAAGUUCUGUGGGCCCUCACCUGUCGUCUUCAGCGAUGUAAACUCCAUGUACCUGUCGUCCACGGAGCCGCCGGCCGCCGCCGAAUGGGCGUGUCUACUGCGACCUCUUCGGGGCCGAGAGCCAGAAGGCAUCUGGAACCUUCUGUCCAUCGUCAGGGAGAUGUUCAAGAGACGAGACAGCAACGCUGCCCCGCUGCUUGAGAUUCUCACUGAGCAGUGCCUCACCUAUGAACAGAUCAUCAGCUGGUGGUACAGUGUUCGGACCUCAGCGUCCCACAGCAGCGCCAGCGGCCACACCGGGCGCAGCAACGGCCAGUCCGAGGUGGCGGCUCACGCUUGUGCCAGCAUGUGCGAUGAGAUGGUGGUGCUGUGGAGGCUGGCGGUGCUCGACCCCACGAUGAGCCCCUGCAGGCGUCUGGAACUGGCAGGCCAGCUGAAGCAGUGGCACCUGAAAGUUAUAGAGAUAGUUAAGAGGGGACAACAUCGCAAGUCCCUGGACAAACUGUUCCAGGGCUUCAAGCCCGCCGUGGAGUCCUGCUAUUUCAACUGGGAGGUGGCCUACCCACUGGACGGCAUCACCUACUGCUGUGCUGAUAAGAAGAGUGCCACAUUCUGCUGGUCCAGGGCAGUGCAGCACCAGAGAGGAGUCAAAGCUGCUGCAGGAGCGGGUGGAGAACCUCCUGAACCAGGGGGAGGGGGGAGAGCUGACGGCGUAGCCGGGGGAGAUUAUAAAGGAAGAGGUCACUCGUCCCAACAGGAGGUGGCGGUGCGACCCAAGGAGACCAUACUGACCAAGAGGAAGGGUUUGACGGUGAGUGGAGGGGGAGGGAUGCUGGUUCGUCUGGGAGGCAGCGUCUCUCUCGCUCUGGAAGACGGAGGAGGGAAGUGCAUGUACAAAGGGCCGGGCUCGUCCUCUGGAGGGAAGCUGAAACUAACGCAGGGAGGUGGGAAGGGGGCAUCCGUAGGAGGUCCUGGAGGAAGUGGAGGGAUAGGAGGCGGUAAGCACGCUAGUGCCAAGCGGAGAACCAGUAGCGAGGACAGCUCUCUGGAGCCGGAUCUGGCCGAGCUCAGCCUGGACGACGGUUGCAGUCUGGCUCUGGGGGCCGAGGCCAGCAACACUUUUGAGUUUCUCCCCCCGCCGCCAGAGAUGCUGCCCUCCCCGAGCCCGCUGCUCCGAGACUCACGCAAGUACAGCAACAGUAACGGGGGGAGCAAGAUGUUUGAAGCAAAGCGUGUCGGCCAUGCCCCGGCCGCACUUCCUGCCGCAGAGCCCGCUCCGCCGCACACAGUGGUGGUCGUUAUGGACGUGCCCGGCACUGCAGAGAAGGAAUCAGAGCUGGAGGUGGAGCCUGUCCUCCAGAAUAAAGAUGAAGACGUAGACUCAGCUGGCAGUAGCCAGCCUCCCGCUUCAACCACUACGGCAAAAUCGGGCACCGCUCAAACGUCUGCAAAGCCACCGCGGGGCCGCAGAGAGGCGGCGUCUGCCGGAGCAGCAGCAGUAGGGAGCGGAGCAGCAGCUGCGGGUGGACCAGCUAACCAAGGAGCAGAGGUGGCAGCUGGAGCUGGAGCUGGAGCUGUAGGGGGAGAAGCUGUAGGUGAUGACGACUAUCAGGCAUACUACCUGAGCGCUGCCUCAGAGGAGGGAGCAGACAGACAGCUGGCUGACAACCACCAGGAGGAGGAGCCAGACAUCUUCGCAGGGAUGAAACCGCUGGAGCAGGAGGGGCGCAUGGAGGUGCUGUUUGCGUGUGCCGAGGCCCUCUAUGCUCACGGCUACAGUAACGAGGCGUGCCGACUGGCCGUGGAGCUGGCCAGAGACCUGUUAGCCAAUCCUCCGGACCUGAAAGUGGAGCAGCCACAGACUAAGGGUAAGAAGAGCAAGGUGUCAACCACCCGUCAGACGCAGGUCGCCACCAACACGCUGUCAAAAGCCGCCUUCCUCCUCACUGUUCUCAGCGAACGACUGGAGCUCCACAACCUGGCCUUCUGCACCGGCAUGUUCUCCCUGGAGCUGCAGAGACCGCCGGCAUCUACCAAAGCUCUGGAGGUGAAGCUGGCCUACCAGGAGUCGGAGGUGGUGUCUCUGUUGAAGAAGAUUCCCCUGGGCCUGGUGGAAAUGUCAGCCAUCAGAGAGAGAGGCGAGCAGCUCAGAGACGGAAACUUCUGCGAUUACAGACCCGUGCUGCCUCUCAUGUUGGCCAGCUUCAUCUUCGAUGUACUGUGUACCCCAGUUUGUGCAGUUGUGUCCCCAACGGGUUCCCGUCCACCGAGCCGCAACCGUAAUAACGAGAUGCCCGGUGACGAGGAGCUCGGCUUCGAGGCUGCUGUCGCCGCACUUGGUAUGAAGACCACAGUAAGCGAGGCGGAGCAUCCUCUGCUGUGUGAAGGAACCAGACGGGUGAAAGGUGACCUGGCUCUGGCUCUCAUGAUAACCUAUAAGGAUGACCAGAGCAAACUCAAGAAGAUACUGGAUAAACUGUUGGAUAGGGAGAGUCAGACCCACAAGCCCCAGACUCUAAGCUCCUUCUACUCCAGCAAGCCAGCAGCUGGCAGCCAGCGCAGCCCGUCCAAACAUACGGCCGCCAGCCACGGCGGGGUGAGCGGGGCCACGGGGGGUGUCUCCAAACACGCAGCCUCUUCCUCCUCUUCGUCUGCGACCACCGUGGCAGCUUCUUCCUCUUCCUCUGCUGCUGUGGCAGUGGCUGGUGAAGAGGUGGCUCAUCAGGCUGAUCUGAACCCGGUGCAGAACAAUACGGCAGGAGAGAGCACCGCUGAGACCAGGGAGCAUGUGUCCGAUGGGCCUCCUUCAUCAGGUGACCAGCAGAAUGAAACGGCUCCAUUUAAGCAGGAGGCCACGGUGCCCAGUCGGCUGACGCUCGGGGCGCGCUGUGGAUACAACCAACGCUGCUGGGGCUCGCCUGUCCGGCAAAAGAAGAAACACACCGGCAUGGCGAGUAUCGACAGCAGCGCUCCGGAGACGACCUCGGACAGCUCCCCCACCCUCAGCCGCCGGCCGAUCCGGGGCGGCUGGGCAGCGACGUCUUGGGGGCGAGGCCAGGACAGCGACAGCAUCAGCAGUUCAUCGUCCGAUUCGCUGGGCUCCUCCUCCUCCAGCGGCUCCCGCAGGGCAGGGGGCGGGGCCAGGGCCAAGAGCACCGACACCAGCAGAGCGAUGGGCUAUGAAACUACUAAUAGAACUGGAGUCCCAUCCAGGUAUAAAGGGCGACGUCCAGAAUGCCACGCCCCCCACGUGCCCAACCAGCCGUCGGAGGCAGCGGCCCAUUUUUACUUUGAGCUGGCCAAGACGGUGCUGAUCAAAGCCGGAGGAAACUCCUCCACCUCCAUUUUCACCCAGCCCUCAGCCAGCGGGGGCCACCAGGGGCCCCACAGAAACCUGCAUCUGUGUGCCUUCGAGAUCGGCCUGUACGCUCUUGGCCUCCACAACUUCGUCUCGCCCAACUGGCUGUCGAGGACCUACUCCUCCCAUGUAUCCUGGAUCACUGGCCAGGCCAUGGAGAUUGGCAGCGCUGCCCUCAACAUCUUGGUGGAGUGCUGGGAUGGUCACCUCACCCCUCCGGAGGUGGCAUCCCUCGCUGACCGAGCAUCACGGGCCAGGGACCCCAACAUGGUCCGGGCGGCAGCGGAGCUGGCCCUGAGCUGCCUGCCUCACGCUCACGCCCUCAAUCCUAACGAAAUCCAGAGAGCCCUCGUGCAGUGCAAAGAGCAGGAUAAUGUGAUGCUGGAGAAGGCCUGCAUGGCAGUAGAGGAAGCAGCCAAGGGUGGAGGCGUGUACCCUGAGGUCCUGUUCGAGGUGGCUCACCAGUGGUACUGGCUGUAUGAGCAGUCGGUGGGUGGGGGCUCAAGCCAGCCGCAUGAGACCUCCCGGCGCUGCGGGGCCAACGGGGGCUCGGGUAGGAGAGCCCAGGAGACCAGCUGCAUCGUCCUGGACGCCGGAUCCAACAUGGAGUCCGCCGGGAUGGCGACGGUCACGGCCUCGGUCACCGCGGCGACCGUCGUACCGGUCAUCUCCGUGGGCUCCACCAUCUAUCAGUCCCACGCCAUGCCCGGGCAGGCCAUGGCUCACGCCCACGGCCCAGGUCUCCACCCUUACACCACCAUUCAGGCCCAUCUCCCCACUGUCUGCACCCCACAGUACCUGGGACACCCUCUGCAGCAUGUCCCCCGACCCACCGUCUUCCCUGUUGCUGGGGCUGCAUAUCCACAGUUAAGUGUGUGCCUGCCUCCUCAGGGAAUGCACCCAGCAUUCAUCGGUGCCCAGUACCCGUUUUCAGUGGCCACUGGCCCCCAGCCACCUAUGGCAGCCACGGCUGUGACCUUCCCCGGUGUCCCCGUACCGUCCAUGACUCAGAUUGCCGUCCAUCCCUACCACGCUGAGACCGGCCUGCCGCUCAGCACUACUGUAGCAGUAGGCAGUGUCCACGCGGGCCCCACCAUCCAGGCCAUACAGGCGACAGCCCUGCCCACCCUCUCCACCCAGCCCGUUGCGUUGAUCAGCACGCCUUUCCCGGUAGAGGACGAGCAGCACAGCCAGCCAAUCAGCCAACAGGGCCUGCACUACCUGCAUUCUGCCUACAGAGUUGGCAUGCUGGCGUUGGAGAUGCUGGGCAGGAGAGCUCACAAUGACCACCCGAACAACUUCUCCAGGAGCCCACCUUACACCGAGGACGUCAAAUGGCUGCUGGGACUGGCUUCCAGGCUAGGAGUGAACUACGUGUACCAGUUCUGUGUCGGAGCAGCAAAAGGUGUCCUCAGUCCGUUCGUGCUGCAGGAGAUCAUCAUGGAGGCUCUGCAGAGGCUGAACCCGGCCCACAUCCACGCCCACCUCCGAACGCCUGCUUUCCACCAGCUCGUCCAGCGCUGCCAACAGGCCUACCUGCAGUAUAUCCACCACCGGCUCAUCCACCUGACGCCUGCCGACUACGACGACUUCGUCAACAUCAUCCGCAGCGCUCGCGGUGCUUUCUGCCUGACUCCAGUGGGUAUGAUGCAGUUCAACGACGUGCUGCAGAACCUGAAGAGAGGCAAGCAGACCAAGGAGCUGUGGCAGCGCAUCUCUCUGGAGAUGGCGACCUUCUCCCCCUGAGCAGCACGCUCACGGGGGAGAGCGGGCUGGGGCCGGGGCCUGGUUCCCCCGGGAUCGAGGAAUCCCAUCCGGCGCCCACUCAGCCUCCAGCAUUGCUACUGCCACCGCACCGAGCAGGCAACAUUCAUGCUGUCUGGUUCUGUCAGGGACCCUGCUCUCUGCUACGUGGACUCAACAAACACAGCACACAGGCAGUACAAUCAGCUCCCACGCCCCCCCGACCCGCAGAGACUUUUUAUGUGUGUUUGUCCACCCAGAGCUCAGAGGAGGAGCCGGGUCACCUUCCCGCUCUCCUCCGUCGUUGACUGACUCCUCACUCCCAUUUUAUCAUGGUUCAUGUUUGUGUAACUGUGGAAUUAAAGUGUACUCCUUCCUUUCUUCAUCUUACUCGUCUCUUCCAUUUCCCCUAAAACUGAAGACAUUGACGGGGAUCUCUCUCGCCCUCCAUCCUCCCGAUAUUUUUGUUUAGUUUUGUUUUGAAUGAAACCACUGUUGUGUGGCUCAUUUUCAUGCUGCAACAUUCCUGUCCAGAGUGGUAGUUGCUGUGAGGCCUCAUUCACCAAAAGCUUGUCACUAUGGAUCUGAAUCUUUGCAGUGUGGGAGAAAAAAAAGGAAGAUUUGCAAAGAAAAAAAAAAAAAAAA